AUGAGCGAAUAUUGUGCUGGCACACAACCUGACACCAACCUGAACUUCCUGAGUGACGAACCACAUGAGGCCCCUACAGGUUGGGUGGUGGCAUCUCCACACACAAUAGCAUUAGCUGACCAUUUGCAGCACGCACAGACGAUCCGACCGCACAAAGUGUUCCCGCAAACCAUUCACCCUGCUGGACAGACGAGUAACUUCUGCAGCUUCUGUAAAAAGCCUGGAGAAUUAAAUCCUGUUCACUUGUCGUUAACAACGUCGAAAACGAUGGGAAUGCUUAGCGCAUCGUGGUCAAACGGUCGGCGCAAGGUAACAUUGGCCUCAGAUUCUACUACUAUUCUCAGUUACCGAUUGAUGGAGCAAAUGAUUUCGUCUUGCUGGGAGUUCGCACAAGCCCCGGAGGACUGGCGGAAGACGAAACCACUUCCCGAAUUGGAAAGCAGAACUUUUGAAGUGAUCCCCAAAUCCCAAAGAGCUGUGCUUUUCGGCACCCAUAACCCUCCAGAUUUUUUGAAAGAGAAACCUGCACUUAUUGAAGGCUUUACUUAUCUGAACAGCUGUAUCAACCUUGACUGUGAUAUGAUAGAAGUUGAUACGCGCAUUUUCACAUCGCAUGCGUUGCUCACUGAGUUAGAAAUGAAUUUCACUGGAGCCGAGGGGUCAUGUGUCCAAGUUGUGAACCAUUCCAGUCAAUUCCGCAAAUAUCGAACGAGUGUGAUACCACCAUUCCGCCACACAAUAUCAUACAAAUCUAUGGCCCGGGAGUUGCCUAAGGAAUUUAAAAGACAUGCUUUUGCAUCUGACAUGAGUUUACCAUGGAAACCCGACAGACAGUGCCCAACAAGUAGAGCGCUGUACAAGUUACGUUACCGAACAGUGAAGCCACAAACCUGCAAUUUCAGCAGUUCGGAUUGGCGAUACGAGGGUGACAGGCAUGGAUCUGCACACUGA